GAAGUUUUAGUCGGCAUUUACAACAAAAACAAUCAUCAACCGUGUGAAAAGACAAUGGAGACGUGACAGUGCGUGACAUCGACUUAUGCUGAAAGAACUGUGCCCAAAUAAUGACUAUCCAAACAGUGGAGAGUUCAGACGCGAAGCACGGAGAAACCAUGCAAAAUAUCGGGGACAAAGCGACUGAGGACGCUGAGCAGCAGAUAUCGGCCAACAAAAACGGACAUAUCAGCUUCAGUGUUGCUUCCUUGCUAGCGGACACCAGGCCUGUCAAAACCCGUUCUCCUGCGCCUCCCUUGAGCCCCACUCUCCAGUCCUCCGAGGAGGAAUACGACUCCAACCAGGAGGACUCUAUAGUGGAUGUGGAGGACCUCAAUGCCGAUUGCAAAUCGGAUGGGAGUCCCGCUAAAGACGAGUUUUAUUCGUCCAGGGAGAAGGAUGCGUCUAAGGAGGCAUAUUUGAGCCAGGGUCCGAUCAGACCGACACCUUUUUCUGCGAUUGCCGCUGCCAUGUAUCAAGCUGCCCAUCCGAAUUGGUCCCAUCAAGGGCUAGUGAAUCCGUUUGGCGGUCCGGGGCCGAUGUUUCAAGGGUCCGCACCAUUUGGGGUGCCCGGCAAUUCAGUAGACUCCCAUGGCGAGCCACCAAAACUCAAAUGUAAUUUGAGAAAGCACAAACCGAACAGGAAACCUAGAACGCCGUUUACGACGCAGCAGCUUCUAGCUUUAGAGAAGAAAUUUAGAGAUAAGCAGUACCUCAGCAUAGCUGAAAGAGCAGAAUUCUCCAGUUCACUCAGGCUGACAGAGACACAGGUGAAAAUUUGGUUCCAAAACCGCCGAGCCAAAGCCAAACGCCUGCAAGAAGCCGAGAUAGAAAAACUCAAGAUGGCGUCGCUGUCCCGCCAUCCCCACUCUCUCUACCCCCACCACCCCGCCCUGCAGGGCUACUUCUCGCAGGGUGCUCACCCGCUGGCCUCGCUACUUGGGGCGCGCCCCAUGGGGCAUCUGGGGCUGAUGCCGCAGCCGCCGCCCCCGCAUCACCUGGCUGGGGUUGCACCUCAAAAUGAACGCCGGUCGCCGAGUCCACAUGUGUCAUGAAUGUACAGGGUGAUCAAGUGAUUUGUGUUUAUCGUGAUUGGAGGAAUAGUGGCCAAAGAUUGUCUGCUGUGGUGUUUGCUAUGGUGUGUUACUUGUACCACAGUCUGAUUCUCUAAUGAACGAAUAGUAGACAUAGUUGUACUCAAAGGAGAACUGAUUAUUGAAAGCACAGUCAAAGGCGCAUAUUUCAAAAUACACCAAUCUACUAAACAGCCGAAUGAGCCCAAUGUUUUGCAAGAUAUCCGAUUCAGAAAAUCAUACUGUUCAAUGUUGCAUCUAUUCCACUGACGACAUUACUCAUCUAAUUAAUCUAUUUGUUCAUCUGAGGUUCAAUCGUUUCAAAGAUCCAGUUAUGUUUUUCCAGUAAGAUUUUGUAUCCAUAGCGAACCUGCAAAAGCGAAAUCUAAAUGUUGGUUCCGCAGAAGACUAAAAUAUGAAUGUCAGUAAAUAUCAUGAAAAAGCUGAAAAUAUGAAGUAAUGAACUAACGCCUUCGAAGUGCUUAGCUGAUGUUAGGUUUGGUGUUCGUUAUUUUCAUUUCAUCAUCUGAAUAAUCCGAG